AUGGAAUCGGGAGGAACAGAUACGGGACCGGCACGAAAGAUGCAAAAAGUGGCCGUGUCUGAGGCGAGUUCUGAAGCAGAAGAGAGUCGGGACUUCGAUAGCGAAACCCAAAAAGCCCUGGAAGACAUCGAUUCUUGUCAGAAUGAAAUUGAUGCCUUGAACGAAAAAGCCAGCGAGGAAAUCCUCAGAGUCGAACAGAAAUAUAACAAACUGAGAAAACCCUAUUUCGAUCGAAGAAACGAGCUGAUCAAGAAAAUACCAAACUUCUGGGUCACAGCAUUUGUUAACCACCCACAGAUCUCUGCUAUUCUUGAUGAAGAGGAGGAGGAAUGCUUACAUUACUUGAAUAUGGUUGAAGUCGAAGAAUUUGAAGAUAUCAAAUCUGGCUACAGAAUAAAAUUUCAUUUUUCUUCUUCGAAUCCUUAUUUCUCAAAUGAGGUACUGUGUAAGGAAUUUCACUUAGCUACGACGGAUGCUUUUAGCGUUGUGCUCAAAAUUCCGGGGGAUCCAGCUUCCAAGUCCACACCCAUAAAUUGGCAAGAUGGCAUGGAUCUAACAAAAAGAGUUCAAGAACAAAUGAUUCCUUCUGAUCGGAAGCGAAAACUGAGGCCAAACCGGACUUUCUUUUCAUGGUUUUUGGACAACAAAGACCCAUCAGCAGAUGAUAUUGCAGAGGUUAUCAAAGAUGACAUGUGGCCAAAUCCCUUGCCAUAUUUUUUGGCUCCUGAUAUUGAAGUUGAAGAAAAUGGUGUAAGUAGUGAGGAAGAUGAUGAUGAUGAUGAUGAACUGGAUGAAUCAGUGGUUGUUGUAAACGAAGAUGAUGAUGACGAUGAUGAAGAAGAGGAGAUUUAUGAAGUUGAUGAGGAUGAUGAAGAUGUGGAAGAUGAAGAGGUUGAAGAAGCUCUUGAAGGUGAAGAUGUGGAAGUGUUAGUUGGGGAAGAUGAUGAUGACAAGGAAGAAGCUGGAGAGUCUGUUCAUAUCUAUCUCUCUAUCUAUCACAUUGAUCUUCAUUAUCUAUCUAUUUAUUUAUCUCAGUGUGUUCAUAUCUAUCUAUCUUCAUUAUCUAUCUAUCUUCAUUAUCUAUCUAUCUAUCUAUCUCAGUGUGUUCAUAUCUAUCUAUCUUCAUUAUCUAUCUAUCUAUCUAUCUAUCAUUAUCUAUCUAUCUAUCUCAGUGUGUUCAUAUCUAUCUAUCUAUCUAUCUAUCUAUUUAUUUAUCUCAGUGUGUUCAUAUCUAUCUGUCUAUCUUCAUUAUACAAACUACAAUAUAUUUCCUAUCUAUAUAUCUAUCAUUCUAUCUAUUUUUCUCAGUCUGUUCAUAUCUAUCGCUCUAUCUAUCACAUUGAUCUUCAUUAUCUAUCUAUUUAUUUAUCUCAGUAUGUUCAUAUCUAUUUAUCUAUCUAUCUCAGUGUGUUCAUAUCUAUCUAUCUAUCUAUCUCAGUGUCUUCAUAUCUAUCUAUCUAUCUAUCUAUCUAUCUCAGUGUGUUCAUAUCUAUCUAUCUAUCUAUCUCAGUGUGUUCAUAUCUAUCUAUCUAUCUAUCUCAGUGUGUUCAUAUCUAUCUAUCUAUCUAUCUAUCUCAGUGUGUUCAUAUCUAUCUAUCUAUCUAUCUAUCUAUCUCAGUGUGUUCAUAUCUAUCUAUCUAUCUAUCUAUCUAUCUCAGUGUGUUCAUAUCUAUCUAUCUAUCUAUCUAUCUAUCUAUCUCAGUGUGUUCAUAUCUAUCUAUCUAUCUAUCUAUCUAUCUAUCUCAGUGUGUUCAUAUCUAUCUAUCUAUCUAUCUAUCUAUCUAUCUCAGUGUGUUCAUAUCUAUCUAUCUAUCUAUCUAUCUAUCUCAGUGUGUUCAUAUCUAUCUAUCUCAGUGUGUUCAUAUCUAUCUAUCUAUCUAUCUAUCUAUUGUAACCUAG